GUUCCGGUUGAAGGCAUUUCCUUCACGUUGGCCAACCAGCGCUGGCAGGGGUGCAAGCAACACUGCGCAAACGCAGCUGGCGGCAAGACGUCCACGGUACUUUGCAUAUGGUUUGGGCGGCGCUUUGGCGCUUGGCUGUCUGGACGAAGGAUUUCGUCGCUGCAUAGAAUUUUGGGUCGUCGUAUUUCCUCUUUGGUGUCAUUAUUUUUGGGUCGACAAGGUGUCGCAUCGCAAAGGGGGACCCAAAGGUGAUGAGCAGCGAGAUGCUGAAUUCAGCAAGUUGCAUGCCCGAUACUCCCCCAUAAUCCGUCGAGCUACGUUGUACAUGCGUGGCUUCUAUCUCAAGGCGGCGCAGUUGGUGUCCACGCGGGAUGACUUUUUGCCCGAAAUCUAUUUGGAAUGGUUGAGAAAGUUGCAGGACGAGGUCCCGAUGACCCUGUCUUCAGAAGAGGCAAAGCAGGUCAUCACGAAGGAGCUUAAGAUCGCUGGUAUCGAGGAUUUGCUAAGCGAUUGGCAAGAUGAGCCGAUUGGCACUGCAUCCAUCGGUCAGGUCUACAAGGCCCGUUUAAAGUCCACGGGUGAGGAGGUCGCGAUUAAGGUCCAAGUGCCGAAGGCUGAAAGGAUGUUCCGUGCAGACAUUUCGUGUUUAAAGAUGUUCACUUACAUGGCUAUACCUUGGGCCUACGAAAAUAUGAAAGAGAUAGAGAAACUUUUCGAGACGGAGUUUGACUACACGGAGGAGUUCCGCAACUUGGAAGCCAUGCGGUCAAAUCUGCUCCCCAAUUGGGGCCACAGAAUAUACAUCCCGAGGCCAAUUCCAGAGCUUUGCUCCCGGCAUGUUUUGGGAAUGGAACUUCUGAAGGGAGAGAAGUUCAUCACGGCCGUGCGAAGGCGGCUGCAACCUUUAGCCGAACAAAGAGGCAUAACGGUCGAGGAGUACGAGCAGGAGCAGCUAGAAGCGUUGCGCAGCGGGAAGCGAAAAGCAGAAAGUGCAGCGUGGCUUCAUUGGAAGAUGACUCUAUGGAAGUUCUGGCGAAGGUUGUGCGGGUUCAAAUCAGACCUGGAACCCAUCGAUGUUGGAGGUAUUUUCGAGAUGCUGAUGUCAAUCCACGGCCAACAAGUGCUGAAGGAUGGAUGUUUCAAUGCAGAUCCGCACCCUGGGAACAUAUUGAUGUUGGAGGACGGCAAAACGCUCGGCCUCAUAGACUUUGGACAGGUGAUGUACGUGCCCGUGGAGUUCCGUCUCAAACUUGCGCGACUCAUGCUCGCGUUGUCACGACGUAGCCCACCCGAUGUGGCUCGGUGUGAAAGUGAAAUGGGUGUAACUCGCAAGUAUUACAAGGAAGAUGUGCAGUAUCGCAUUUGCUCCUUCUGGCUCGACAGAGAUGAUGAGGAAAUUACUCAGGGCCGCAACAUCUUUGAUUUGAUGGUGUGGGGAGAGGCCGAGGAGCGCAGCAGAUCCACAAACACACGCACGCCCAGCUCUAGGUUUGAGCAUGAUCCUGCAUUGAGUGUUUUCUCAUGA